AUGGCCUCCUCCCCCGUUGCCAAAAUGUCUACAGGACCCCAAAAUGCCGAUACUCGCCAAAAGCGUGGCGUUAAAGCCAGACUUUAUCAGUAUUUUAGGCUGACAAGCGCGUUUCUAUAUGCAUCGCUAUUCGCCAGGUGGGCCAUUCUAUUACCACUAGUGGGAAUCAAAUUUCUACCGGGAGGAAUCCAUGAAUUUUUAUGCUAUCUGAUUUUUUACGCGGCCGCUAUGGAGAUAUGUUGGACGUUUGCCUUUCAUGGACUGAAAAGGACGCUAAUCUCGAGAACUCUAUUAAAAGAUGUAAAUCUACUAUAUUUUGUGGCAAACUUCCACUUUCAUGAUGACUACGAGCAUGCUCUCGUGUUGAAGACUCCUGCGUACUCGAGCUUUAUCGCUACCCUGAGCAUCAGUCAAGCUUACUGCCAUUGGUGCAAGUUAUUUCGUGGGCCUGUUCAGAGCAGAAGAACAGCUUUGUGGAAACUAGACACUUGUGUGACUCUGCCGCUGUUGUAUUUUAGCGAAUUUUACUUACUCAUUCUCAACCUGCAGACUCCGAACUACCACACCGUUCCGUGGCUGCUGACAGUGAAUAAAGUCGUACUGAUUGCCUUCGUUCCCGCAGCCCUGCAUUGCCUAAAAAAACAAAUCGCUAACUGGUGA